CUCUCUCAAUUCUCCGAGCACUGCAAGAUUAUGGCAGGACUAAUCGGUUCUGAGUUCCUUUUCAUUGUAGUUCUUUUGUCUUUUUCCAUUGGAUGUCUCGCCGCCACACCUCCGGUGGUUAAAGCAGCUUACUAUCCUUCAUGGAGGUCUUUCUCACCGUCGGACGUUGAUACAUCUCUCUUCACUCACAUCUUCUACGCCUUUUUAAUACCCAACAAUGUCACGUACAAAUUUGAGAUCGACAAUUCAACGGCUUUGCUCCUCUCCAAUUUCACAGCCACCCUCCACAACAAAACCCCUUCUGUUAAGGCACUGUUCUCCAUCGGCGGCGGAGGCGAUGCCACGCGAACACUCCUAGCUCGCAUGGCUUCGAGCCAAACAACGCGUCAGACGUUCAUAAAUUCGGCCAUUGAGACCGCCCGGAAUUUGGGGUUUGACGGAAUUGACAUCGACUGGGAAUACCCUCAAACGCAGGAAGAAAUGCAAGAUUUGGAGAGUCUUUUUCAAGAAUGGCGGCAAGCAAUCAAGGCGGAAGCGGAGGCCACUAACCGUGCUCCUCUGCUGCUCACGGCGGCGGUGAAUUUCUCCGUGAAGAUUUUUUGGCCCGUUCCGCUUUCGUACUCGGUCCAAUCCAUUAAUCAGAAUCUGGACUGGGUCAACGCGAUGUGCUACGACUAUCAUGGAAAUUGGGAUACUUCGGUAACGGGGGCCCAUGCAGCACUUUAUGAUCCAAACAGCAACAUAAGCACAAGUUAUGGGCUUACUUCAUGGGUCCAGGCUGGUGUGGACCCGAAGAAGGUGGUCAUGGGCCUUCCAUUAUAUGGAAGGACUUGGACACUCAGAGACCCAAAUCAACAUAACAUUGGAUCACCUGCGGUUGGCGUGGGCCCAGGACCAGAUGGGGUGCUGACACUUACCGAAGUGGAGCAAUUUAAUAAGGAGAAGAAUGCCACGGUGGUGUAUGACACGGCCACCGGAUCCACAUAUUCCUUCGCCGGAACAUCCUGGAUUGGGUAUGACGAUGCCACAUCAGUAAACACAAAAAUAAGAUAUGCUAAGUCACUUGGGCUCGGUGGAUAUUUCCUUUUUGCUAUAAGUUAUGAGAGUGGAUGGGAGAUCUCUAGACAAGCUUCAGAAGCUUGGAGCAAUCCUUGAUGAUUGAAGUAUUAGAAAUCGAAGUUCAGCUAGGAUGCCUACAAUACCCAGAUUAAGAUGUCUUAACUAUGUUUGUAAUUUGCUACCUCUUUUAUUUCACAAACGUCCUAGCGAUCAAAAAUAAUACUAAGAAUAAGAUGCAAUAAAUAAUAAGAGUUUCU